GGAAACUUCGUUUUCCUCCCCUCCCAUCGGUCCAGUCGUUGUGAAUAGGUCUCACUUCCCGGGAUCAAUGAUUUCAAUCGAUGGUCGCGCCGCCCGGCGCGACGAAUUAGACCUUUCACUUUCUACGCCUCUCCGGGUAUGAGGGCAUACCGUGCAAGAGGUGCCAAAGAAGGUUAUGUGCGGCUGAAUGGACUAUUCAAUACGAACACUUUCAAUCUUUUUAAGUGGUCUGUCAAGGGUACUCCGUACAGCCCUCGGCAAAUACUGCAACUUCUCUCACUUGUCAAAGCAUUUUAUGGCGUCUCUUCUAGACUUUAGCCAAUCUCCUUUUUAUUUUCUUUUUAUUUUUUUUUUCCUCCAAAUCCGAUGAGUGCAUUUAUGGCGCAAAGAAUUGAUGUGGUGGCUCCUUGCUAUUAUCCCCCCAUGCCCCAACGACUCCUUCUCACGAUGGUUUUCCUUUCAAUCACUGUACUUGAGUGCUAUUCUAUUGCUACAGCAUCUUCCAAGACGGUUCGGGAAGUUCUACCGGGCACUGGGGAUUUGGUCAAAUCUUCGGAUCGUUGCAUGCUUAGAGGAGAUGAUGCAAAACGUUUCUCAAUACCUUCCCAUCCAGCCCUAGGCCAAACCGGCGUGGCAGGGAUGCGGUUAAGCACAUAUGCUCUGGGUGAUCGGAUACGACGAUGAGACGCAGGUGCCAUGAUCCCGGGAAGCUUUCAGCGGCAGGCAAGAGCAAUCAUACAUAUUCUUCGUCCUGGAAUAGUAUCGCCUAGUCGGUUGAGAGGCCUGAGAGCAUUUCAUCAGAUAUCAAUCACAACAGUGGUCUCACAAACCUAUCCUCGGGAUCUGAGCGUCCGUGCAAGCCGAAUCCAAACUCGACUUGGUAACUGGCGCUACGUGGGAGGUCUAGAAGGCUCCAGGAUGCAGGAGACACAAGCUGUUGACUCGUAACAAUGCGGCUGCAGAUAGCCACGAUCGGAUCAACACCCCUAGUAGAGAAGAAAUGUGCAGAGAACCUUGGGUUGUCUGCCUCGCGUGAACCUGGGUCGACGAGGGCAACCUAUUUCGGUACCGCACAGCCACAUCUAGAGCAGAGAAAGUUUAGUUAGUUAGCAGAGAAGCUCCCUUAGUCAGGAUGGUGGGUAUGGCGUUUCCUUUCCGUCGUUUUUCGGAGGUCGCGAUCGUCUGUGCGCCGGGUAGCUCCGCGGUCGAUCCAGUCAGAUGUGGAGUCUGGAGGCUUGCUUCGUGCUUCGCUGGUGGGCACGGAGGAGACCGGGGUUAUUUGAUGCCUCUUACAGAGUACUCCGCAUGAGAUCUUAAUUUAACCUCGGGCACCGGAAUGCAGAUUUUAAUGCUCAGAAGCUAUAUGACCAUAACGGGGAAUAAACCCGAACAUGGCAUGAAAGAUAACAGUGGCUCAAGCCCAGGACGCCCACAACAGCCAGAAUACUGGCCAUGUUAAGCAUGGGAGAAAAAGCAAAAAAAAAAAAAAAAA